AUGGACAGCGGCCACCGUCUUGAAGUGCGCGCGACGCUGGCGAGACGGACGCCACCGCUCGCCACGCGCCUCGCGGCACUACCAAAUGACGCGAGUAUCGUCAUUGACGAGUCCCUGGACGACGACACGUACCUCAAGACGCUCGAAGAGACGCUGCAGCAGCACGUGUCCCGCCGCGCGCAGCCCUUUGUCGUCCUAAGUGCGUCGCAAGUCCACCUCUUGGCGUCGCGUCUCCACGACGCGCUCGUGCCGCGACGCGACGACAGUACGCAGAUCGUCGAGGCCUGGACGAUCCAGCCCCAGCUACAGCUCAAGGUCAAGGCGAGCGCGCACAUUCCCGUGCUCAAGCUGUCGACCAUUCUACGGGAAGUGCAACGUCUGCGCGUGCACAACCAGUCACAGCAAGUCGGUCUAUCGGAGGACGUCGAGGGGCCUCAGAGCCCCAUCCAAGUGGAGAUUUUCCCGUCGCUCAAGGUCGUGGAAGCGCUGAACGCCGACGUGACGGAGCUCCAGCACGUGCACUUUUUCGCGAGUCAGUUGCGGGAGCUCCAUAUCGAGCACACGGACGCAACGGCGCUGAGUCAGUUGCUGGCCCCUGGUCGGGCGAUGCCGUGGAGGAAGUUGCUGAAGCUGCACAUGAACUGCUGUGCACUGGAGCGCGUAGACGAGUCAGUGAAUCUACUGAAAGCGGUCAAGAUACUGGACCUCGGCUGGAACAAGAUUCACAAGUUUGAUGCACACGUGACGACGAGAUCGCUUGAGUUACUGAAGCUGUGCCAUAAUCGGCUGACGCGAGUGCCGCCGGUCCAAGCGCUGCGUGGACUGCGGGAGCUGGAUCUAGCGGUGAACCGGAUCGUGUCAUUGAAAGGGAUCGAGACGCUCACGUCGCUAGAACGACUCGACGUUUCGCACAACUUGGUCGAAGAUAUCACGGAAAUGGAGUUGUUGACUGGACUUUCGCGACUCACGUACCUCAAGAUGGAGUUCAAUCCGAUUGCACGGCGACCAGACUAUCGACGGGAGGUACUUUUUUACUUGGGCGAGCCAGUCGAGCUAGAUGGCCACCGCUGGAGUGACGCUGAGGUAAGCAGUAUGAAAAAUCGCCGCAUGUUGAUGAUGCGGGAUGAUGUGAAGUCGCAUGACAUCGUCGAGAGUAAAAGUUGGGGGCAGUCACAGAGCGCCCCGGUGUACCCGAGAGCGCUUAUACAAAGUGGCAAUGCAGCAAAGAACCUAAAGCUGGUGCUGGGGUAUCCAUGUCUUCCUCCAUCACGCGCUGUUUCCGCUAAGUUUGUAGAGAUCCAGAAUCCGCCAUCGACAUUUCCGACGAAAAGCAUCCCGAGUCAAAAUGCUGACGUUGGCGAGGCAGAUGGUGAAGAUGACGCCUUGAGGCCACUUGCAAGCACUCAAGGUAGUCCAGACGCUCAAGCGGUACCUCGAACUGUCGACGAGUACUUCAGAACGCAGCGCGAUAUUGUUGUAAGAACUGUAAAACGAGAAUACAUCGAGCAAACCGCGACGAUCGAAGAACAAGACAGUGAUGGCGCUACGUUCGGGCACUCUCGAGCGCUCUACUGCGACUAUACGGCGAGGGAUUCCGGGCGAGGCCUUGGGGAAGAGAAAACGCUCGUGCGGAAAGACAACGAUAUGGAAUAUGUCAAUCCACUUUUCGUGCGUUCGGCUUCACAAAGUCAGAUAUCUACUUUUCAGAAACCUGGACGAAGUGUCGGCGUCCGAGUGCUGCUAAGUGCAAAAGAAGCUAUGGAGCUCGGUCUACAAUUCGACACUGAGGGCAUCCCAGCAGAUGUAGAGAUCAAGCCUCAAGGGGUGGUCGCAAAGCUAAUUGUCAACGAUGGAAACAACCCACUCACCAUUACACGAAGCUUCCCGGAUAUCGCCGCUGUUGGCACGUCGAUGCUGUCAAAUUCAGCGAAACGCAUCACGAUGACGCUAAGAUCGCGCGUAUCAUCGGUAUUCACGGAUGCUGCAUACCAGCUAAGCUCAGCGACUUUACUGGAAGCUUUGCUUUCACCACUGGUUGCGCAUUUGUUCCAGCAAUACAAUGGCUGCAUCGUGAUUUGCAACUGCAUGAGUUGCAGAGCUCUUUCGCUACUUACGCCAAGACACCCUGAUCGAAGGAAAGAUGACGACUUGCCAACGGUCUAUUCGUGCCUGCUGUGCGCAAGCCGUGACGUGCGGGAAGUAUCGUUCAAGAAGUUUGUCGCGCUUUGUGCUAACGGAGGGAUCACACUACAAAGCAGCAUUCCGCUGGCCCCACCACCGUGGGAAGCAAUCACUGAAGGGUUUUAUAUCGAGGAGCCAUCACCUGCCGACCCGGGUACCGGCGCGAGCACGUGCGAGUACAUCAUGGUUUCAUGCAACGGUAUCCGCGAGGUCACAGCUCCUUCUGCGGAACCAGAUACAAAUGACGAAGUACACAGUGACGAAUGGGAUGAUGUUGUUGCGCAUGCUGUGACCAUGACGAUGCGGUGA